AUGGCUAUCUUGGAAGAAAUCGACGAUGUGGACAACAUGGACUUUGAUCCCGCGGAAUUCGAUCCCCGGGCGGUUCUCACCGACGCCACCGCGCAUCAGGAGAGUGACGGGCGAGGUCCCAUCAACCUGAUUUCCAAGGCUGAGCACGAGCGACGAGAACAAGCCAAAAAACAACAGGAGCAACAGCAGGAGCAACAGCAACAGGCCAACCCCAUGGCCCAACUUCAGCAGAUGAUGGACCAGAUGAACCAGGGCGGAGGUAUGCCCCCCAACAUGGGCCAGCAGGGCAAGCCCGGUACACAGGUGUUUGACUCGGAGGAGUUCAAGAACCAGGAGAUCCAGGAGUCCGACUUUAAGGACUGGCAAAUAGUCUACCCGGUCUACUUUGACAAGAACAAGACUGUGGGCGAGGGCCGACGAGUGCCUCUGGAGCUGGCUGUGGAGAACCCUCUGGGCCAGACCAUCGCCGAAGCCUGCAAGAUGCUCACCCUGCCUUCAAUCUACGAGGCGCACAAGACUCACCCCAAGGACUGGGCUAAUCCCGGUCGAGUUCGAGUGCAGCUCAAGGAUGACCCUGCUCUGGGUCUACCCCCUCACAGCGUCAAGAACAAGCGACAUUUGUUCCGACUCAUUGCCCAGUACAUGAAGGAGCACCCCACCAAGGAGGUGACCCCUUAUCAGGGUCCUGUGUUCCAGAAGAUUAUUCAGACCAACCCCGAGUUCCCCUGGAACUCCAAAAACCUACCUCCCAAGCCACAGUACCCCCGAGGUUGGAAGAUGCCUGAGAUUCUGCCUAUUCUGUCACCCGCUCUAUCUCAUGGAGAGGCCAACAACGAUAUGAUGGAGCAGAUGGCAAAUCAGUUCAUGCCUAAGAUCCCCGAGGCUCCCCCACAGCAAAAGGUCAAGAAGAUGAAGGUGCGAGUCGGAAGAUAG